AUCAACAAGACUUGUGUUUGGCUUGAUUUGGAUUAAAUCAAAUAAUAAUGAACAAAUCAAACUUGAUCAUGAAGUUUAGGCUUGACAUAGAUUUCAAACCAAGCUUGGAUCAAUUACACCAGUAACCCUUAGUUAAGUGUAAUAUUUAGUUAUUUUGAAUAGGGAUCGAAUAUUUAGUAGGAAGACUCAAGACAGCAAAACAAGGUCCAUGAAACUUCCACUCGCGCAGGCGCCAUUUGCUUAGUGAUAUAUAUAUAGAUAACUACAUCAUUUUUUAUAUUUUAAAAACCAGCGUUAUAUUUCUUUUAACGUCUUUUAUCUUUGUAUAGGUGGUUAAGAAACUUAAAGAUGUAUUUGAUGCUCACCCAUGGAGGCUUGCCGGCUAGUGCGACGUUGUCCGCCGGCGAGAUCCCUCGGCCUCCUCAGUCGUGCCGCCGCCGCUGGAGGCCCCUACCCUCCCCGACCUCCGAUGGCAAUCCCCAUGACGACGGCGUCCGGCGUCUGGAGGCGGCGGAGGGCGUACGAGGGGCUGCUGCUCGACGCUGGAGGCACGCUUCUCCAGGUGGCGAGGCCCGUCGAGGAGACCUACGCGUCAAUCGGGAGAAAAUAUGGGAUUAAUGCAACAGAGAGCGAUAUUAAGCAAGGGUUCAAGAAGGCUUUCGCUGCCCCAUGGCCUGAUAAACUUCGCUACCAGGGUGACGGGCGGGCAUUCUGGAGGCUUGUUGUUUCUGAAGCCACAGGUUGUGCUGAUAAUGACUAUUUCGAAGAAGUAUAUGAGCACUAUGCAAAUGGUGAUGCAUGGCGUCUACCUUUUGGGGCUUAUGAAGCAUUAUGUCUGUUGAAAGAUGCUGGAGUUAAGUUGGCAGUUGUCUCAAAUUUUGAUACACGUCUGCGCAAGUUACUGAACGACCUCGAUGUUGCACACAUGUUUGACGCAAUAAUCAUAUCUUCGGAGACUGGGUAUGAAAAGCCAGCUGCAGAGAUUUUCAGAGCUGCUCUAGAACUUGGACAGCAAGCAAUAAAGCGGCCUUAAACCUUAAACUAUCCUAUUCCUAUGGUCCUCUCAUGCAACACAGGCCAACCAUUUUUGGUCCUGCAUCAUGUAGCGUAGUGCAUUGUAAAAUAAAGGAUUUCAAGAAGUAUAAUGGAGGCAUUUGUUGUUUGUAUUUCUCACAAACCCUGAUGUGAUAAUUUUCUUAGCUGUGUGUUCAUUUCCUCUGAAGGUGAAGUUCAAUAGUUGUACUCUGUAUUUUUCACUAUAGGCUAGUUGACAAGUUCACUUUGCUAACUUUGAUCUUUAAAGAAACAAUACAUGCAGACUCCUUGUCUGCUUAUGUCAUCAUGCCUCAUUGAGAUUAUCAAGUAGUUGAAUUUUUAUGGAAAAUUUGGUAUCAUACUAAAGAUAGUGAGAAGUUGGUAUAUUUCACUUUGAUAUACUAAAGCUCUAAAUUUCAAUCACCUUCUCCCUAAGUCCAGUCCUUUUUUGUCAU